AUGCCGGAUGCGCAGCUGAUUAUGGAAAUUAUGAACGGCGCUCCAAAGUAUUGGGCUCAGAUUAUCGACACCUUAAGAAUUCGAGACCCAGAAGAGCUGCAGGCUCUUAUUCAAUACCAUGAAGAUACACUUCGCUCAUCGUCAUCUAUAGACCCUAAAGUAGAUGACCUUGAGAAACGACUUUGUGUGUUAGAGAACACCCGCACCUUUGGCUCGCAACGUGAUCACGAGUCAGCCCAGCGGGGUGAGAGCCAUGCUAUGACUGUAGGCUCACAUCCUAAGCUACCUAAGCCAACUCACCCUCCGGACGACUCGACCAUGUCAAGAAAACACCUGAGUCAGUGGGUGCACGACCUUGUUAUCAUUGUGGAUCGGAACACACCUCGUCGCGCCGGAGCCAUGCUAGCAUCCACCGAUCCCGACUAUGUGGCUGCCCAAAUCGAGUACGAGGCCACAUAUGCUGAAUCCGAAAGCGACAGUGAAGCAGAAGGCAAUGCUGAAGCUUCGGAACCUGUGAACGAAAAUAGUGAUAUAGAGAGUGUUGAGAAAUUCGAGGAUACGGACCCACCAAAGGACGCUUCUAGUCUAUUUAUUGCCUCUAUAUCAUCUCCGGACUAUGAUUCCUCUCCUAAUCCACCUAGCGAAGCCAGUUCUCAAGCUUUUGCAGCUAUUGCCAAUAAUCCACCCAUAAUUAAAAUUCCUGAGUUCAUGGCUUGUCCUCCCGGCACGUCCUUCCUAAGUGCUAAGCCAACGACAAUCACUGCCCGGAUAGGUCAACUGGAAGCAGAGGCGGUGCAAGUUAUUGCCGACUCUGGUGCCAAGAUCACUCUGAUUUCCUCUCAGUACUAUCACUCAAUGAACCCAAAGCCAUGCAUGCAUAAAGGGCUAGAAGUGAAAAUAAGACAAGUACGAGAUGAUGCCGAAAUUGACAUGUACAUUCAGACUCACCUGUUCAUCCAAACAGACAAGACCGUCUAUCGUAUAUCAAUACUCAGAUGCGACGAUGGAACAACCUUGACGAUUGUUGACGAGUACUCUGUUAAGUGUGAUGAUUUUGUUAUUUCAGAUGAGAUGCGCAACGAAGUUAAAGCACUUGCUGCCAGAGCAGUCGAGAGUCACGACCGUAAGGCAAUACGGACUCGCUGUAAAGCUCAACGUUCAAAGAUUCAGAUGAACAAGUUUGUAAAGAAUGGACUUAUUCUUGUCGCAGAAAAGGUUUCUGUACCACCGAAUUGCAUCAAGCGCAUCCGCAUUUGUAUUCCAUGGCGAGAAGGGAUGAACAAAGGCUAUAUCUACACUCAGAGUCGAACGACACUGCCACUUGGAUUGAGUGAUAUCUUACUUACAAGAGACAUUGAGGUAGUGCCAGUGCAGAACCACUCCGACCGUGUAGUCCACCUGCAACAAGGCGAGCCUCUUGGCAAGCUGAAGGACCCGAGGCGUUGGUUGGACAAGAGAAACCAUGUUCUAUCGAAGAUUUGUGAAAGAGUCAAGUCAAUGUCAAACUGGACAAUGACUGCCAUCUGUCACUUCCAGCAACCAGAGCCUCUGUUCAAGCCAAUCGAACUCAAGCAUGCCAACAAAGUACCUGACAUUGAAGGAGGUCCUAAGACAUCAGAGACACCUGAUCCAGAUGUGAUUCCACAACAAGAGCUCCUGGCUGCCGUCGACUUCAAUCCUUCGCUCUCUAGCUCUCAACGCCUGGCUUUGAAGAAGUUAGUCCUUGAGCAUCACCACGCAUUUGGUCUCGACGAUCGCCUUGGUCAUUACCCUGUGAAAGUAGAGAUCAACCUCAAGCCAGAUACCAAACCAGUCUCCCAGCCACCUUACUCAGGAUCACCACUCAAGUGUGAAAUAAUCGACAAGAAACUUGACGCGUGGUUUGCAGCCGGCGUUAUUCAAGCAUCAAAGAGUCCCUGGGGUGCCCCGGUAAUCAUCGUCUUCCAGAAAGGGAAAUUGCGCCUAUGUGUCGACUACAGGCAGCUAAAUGACAUGACCAAAGCUGAUGAAUACCCACUGCCCAAGCAGUCAGACAUCCUCCAGGCUCUGUCGGGCGCCCAGUGGCUAUCAAGCUUCGAUGCGCUAUCUGGAUUCACUCAGCUCGAGAUCAUACCAGAACAUCGUGAACAAACGGCUUUCAGGACUCACCGAGGCCUACACAAGUUUUAA